AUGAACGACCCCGCGCCUUCUCAGGAUGACCCCCAGCAGCGCACCAGUCAACGGAUGUCCUACCAAGCUCCCACUAGAGCGAGCUUAGCCAGAUCGCAUCCCACCCUUCUCGAGACUGAGAAUAAUAAGUCCCCGGCGAAAACCAUGCAGAAACCGAAUCAAGCCCGAACAAGAGCGCUCGGUCUACGAGACCGCAAGGCCCUGAGACCGUCCUUGACCUCGACUGCUAGCCCUCUGGGCUCCCUCAAGGGUAGCAAACAGUCGCCUGCAUCAUCCCUUUCUGGCCGUCGCUCUAGCGGUCUGGCUGCUUUUGCGGCGCCUCCAAGGCGAGUCUCAACAAGAAUUACUGCCUCCGAUCUCGUGUUCCGGUCUCCAUCUGCAUCCCAACAGAGUACAGAAAAAUUACCACCACCUACCGAUACCCCGGAAAACCAAUUGGCGUCGGAACUGGACAGCGCGACCGGUGAUAUAGAUGCGAAUGAGGCUUUACCACAACCGUCAUUCCAGGACAUCCUAGACGAGCCAGACCUGCCACCGACGCCGACCCAGUUGGGCCUGGAACGGCCUCCAGGGCGGCCAAAAGGACUUCUAAGCAGUAGCCCGAGCUCGCAACAGGGAAAGUGGGGGAAAAGAAGGAAUACAGAUGGUCGAGAACAAAGCCCGUCAAAGCUGAGGAAAGUCGACUAUGGCGAGGCAGGAGAAUCUGCGGAUUCAGGCCUCUUGUUGGAUCGGACUUCCUUACCGGAGGAGAUCUUGACGAAGCGCAAAUUGAAGAACAAACUCGCUUCUGAACUACAGCAAUUGAGGACCGAAAUCUCGGAACUGGAGACGUGGUCGAAAGACCUGGCGCAAGAUGAAGCCGUGAAUCCAUUUGCGCUUGGAGAGCAUGCGCAAACAGAAGCAUAUCUAACAGCCCUUGCGCCGUUACAGCUUACGGCGUACUAUGAAACCAUACCUAAUUCCACCCCCAACCUUGUCUUAGAGAGACAUACUCUCCAGUUUUCCGCCCCGCCUCCCUUCCCUUCCAACCGCUACAAAGUAUCUGUAACCUGCGACGUCAACCCAGAAACACAAAGCUUGGCAUCCAUAUCAUUUGCUUCACAGGCGAAUGGAGAAGAUACAAGGACCCCAGAGGAUCUACGGCGUUGGAUCGACACCAGGCUUGCCAAUCCAUUGCUUAAGCUAGAUGUCACAGGUCUGUGCUGGGGCAUUAACCGAUACUGGGAGGCCAUGGUAUCGCGUGCUGAGUUAUGGUUACAUAUGGAGGAGCAACAUGCAAAAUUAAUCAGUGGACAUGCAAAACGGGACCAUGUGACUAAAUCGAAGAGCGCAAGCUCGCAACCCCUUGGCAUGUCAGAACUGCGUCAAAUUCUCCCGCACCUCGAGCGCACGUCUAUGCUCUUCGAAUCCAAGAGCGGCUCACUGAAAGUUCUUGUGUCAUGCCAAUUAACACUGGACGAGUGGACAAGUGAGCCACAACUAGCACCGGGACUCAGCGUUUCUCUAUUAUCCGAGUCCGACAGCGGCUCCAGGCGCAAGGUGGAUCAGGAAUCCAAACGCCUGUUCCAAUCCAUCUUGAAUCCGAACGAGAACAACCAAGCUGGAAGUAGCGGCAGCGGAGUCUCUGCUAGCACAAUUCUAAGAGCUACAGACUGCGUCUUGCGCGCUUUGCUCAGUACUAACUCUAAGAAAUGAAUACCCGGAUCAUAUAUGACAUAAUCAAGUGCUAGAUUAGUUGGAAUAGACGGAUGUCAACGGCGUUUUCCUCAAUUUGGAUGGGAUGGGAAGCGAUAGG